AUGUGCUGGGUGCGGAUUCUUGUCGAGAAAAGAGAGAAGCCACUUUGCCCACUAGGCCAGACCAACUAUCCGAUGGCAGAUAUCUGCCAUUAUUUCAUUUAUGGUUGCACUUUUAUCAUUCCCAGCGAAUUCUCUACCUCCGAUCCCAACAGACCAGUUUUCUUAACUCUGGCUCUUGAUGCGAGGGACAUGGAAUAUCAUUUCCAUUUAAGGGAGCCAGAAAAUGUAAGGUAUUGUGAUGCUUUGCUCGCCAUCGAAGCGCGCUAUGCAGCUGGGGCAGAAGGAGAGCAGGCGCGCCAGAGGCCAGGACGCGCCGUCGCCAGCGGGCCCAGCGCAGGCAGCUCCGGCCAGGCCUGGGGAGAUCCCCCCCUUUCCUCGGCCCUCGCUCCCGCGCGCCGGAGUGACUCCGGAUCUGCCAUGAGCCAGCUUUACCCCGGCCAGCUGUCCGCCCCGAUGGUUUACCUCUACGGGGCCGAGCGGGGAGCCUUGUCGGGCGCGCUGGGCUUCGCCCCGGCGGCGGGGGUGCUGCCCAGGCAGGAGUCCCCGCAGAAGCCGCCCUACAGCUACAUCGCCCUGAUCGCCAUGGCCAUCCAGCAGGCGCCGGAGCAGAAGGUGACGCUCAACGGCAUCUACCAGUUCAUCAUGGGGCGCUUCCCCUUCUACCACGACAACAAGCAGGGCUGGCAGAACUCCAUCCGCCACAACCUCUCGCUCAACGAGUGCUUCGUCAAGGUGCCCCGGGAGAAGGGCCGCCCGGGCAAGGGCAGCUACUGGACGCUGGAUCCCCGCUGCAGCGACAUGUUCGAGCACGGCAAUUACCGGCGGAGGAAGAGAAAAGUCCGCGGCGACCCCCAGGCAGCGGAGGAGGCCGGGCUCGACCGGGAGGGCGCCCCCGGGGAAGCCCCCAAGAGGCGCCUCUCCAACCCCCCCGGCGGCCAGCAGCAGCGCCCCCGCCUCCCCCUCCAGCCCGGCGCAGAGGAGGAGCUGAAGCCGACUGGCCUCUCCCCGCCGCGCCCCGAGGACCGAGCGCCCAGCCUUGGAGAAGGUCCCGCCGCGCGCUUCUGGGCGCCCUCGGCCGCCAGGCUUCUCCAGGACCCCGAGGCGGCCCCGAGGGCUGCGGCGCUGGCUGCCAACCGGGCCGAGCCGCUCAGACCCCCGCGGGGCUCGGCCAAGCCCCGCAGCUUCAGCAUCGAGAGCAUCCUGGCGCGGAAGGUCCUGGCGGCGCCGGCCAAAGGCGAGCCCAGCGCGGCCGUCUCCAAACUGGACCAGCUGGCGGGCAGCGGCGGGCCGGGCGAGAGCAGCGAGGCGCGCCCGGCUUUCAACGCCUCGCUGGUGCUGGAUGCCCACUUCCCCGGCCGGUUCUACCAGCUGGGCAUCCCCUUCCUUUCCUACCUGCCGCUCCGCUUCUCGGAGACGGUCUUCCCCUUCUAG